UCGCCUCUUUGGAGAGCUCCGAUACACGGAUGUUCGCUUUUUCCUCACACAAGGCCUCGUUGGCCCCUCCUCUCCAGCCGUCUGAGAGUGGUGCAUUCUGGCUCUUCCUUGUGCGCUCCGCUUCCGGACCUUGGGUUUGCCAGACCGGAAGCGGCGAAAAGAAGAGCCUAAGGGCGCGGCGCUGCGUCGGGGGCCAAGAUGUUGGUGUUAGUGUUGGGAGACCUUCAUAUCCCUCACCGCUGCAACAGUUUGCCAGCAAAGUUCAAAAAGCUGCUGGUUCCGGGGAAGAUCCAGCACAUUCUCUGCACUGGAAACCUCUGCACAAAGGAGAGCUAUGACUAUCUCAAGACGUUGGCUGGUGAUGUUCAUGUGGUUAGAGGGGACUUUGAUGAGAAUUUGAACUACCCUGAACAGAAAGUUGUCACUGUUGGGCAGUUUAAGAUUGGUCUGAUCCACGGCCAUCAAGUGAUCCCAUGGGGAGAUGUGGCCAGUCUGGCGUUGCUGCAGAGACAGUUUGAUGUGGACAUCCUGAUUUCUGGGCACACACACAAAUUUGAGGCCUUUGAGCAUGAAAACAAGUUCUAUAUCAACCCUGGAUCAGCAACGGGAGCAUACAGUGCUUUGGAAAACAACAUCAUACCUUCUUUUGUUCUGAUGGAUAUCCAAGCUUCCACCGUCGUAACCUAUGUUUAUCAGCUAAUUGGUGACGACGUCAAAGUCGAAAGAAUCGAGUACAAGAAAUCUUAAAGGACGUCCCUCAACCUGCCUGUUCCUUGGCCUCUUUUUCCUUUUUACCCCAGUAUGCACCUGAAGUUCCAGUGUUUGCGAUAUUUACAUAUGAAACUAUUUGUCUUACUUUGUUAUAGACAUGCAAGUAUUGAUUUCUUGAACGCUAACAAAAACCUGCCUUUGCUUGAUUCUUUUCUUUGCCUAAGUCCUGCUUGUAAAUAGUAUUCAGGGUGCACAGAAAAGCGAUGUAUUCACAUGGAUCAUUCUGUAUCUUAUAAUAAACACUUCUCUAACCUUA